AAUAGGCGGUGAUGGAGGGCUUGUUUUUGGCCUAACUUCUCAUUCUCCACUCGCUUACUUCUCCUAGAUAUUCGGAAGAGCAUCAGAGGAAAAAAUCCCAACAACACCAACACAUCCCACCCAAAAAAAAAAAAAAACCAAAACAAUAACCAUGGCAAGCAGAGGUGGUCCGAAUCUGAAUGGAGGGUGGGACUUUCGGAGUGGAGGCGUUAUCUCUCCUGAUGGAAAUUGGAACUACAAUUGGGGGACUGGUUCAGGCUCUGGUGGCACCACUUUUGGCUCUGGUGGCAAGCUCUAGUCCUAAUGGUGGUGGGUUUGGGUUUGGGUUUGGGUUUGGGUUUGGAUCGGGUAGCUCUACUUCAAUUGGAGCUAGCAGGUUUGGGUUUGGUGCUGGCAGUGGUGGUGUUAAUGGUGCUGCUAGUGUCAAUUUUAACAGUAAAUUCAGAUUUGGAUUUGGAUUUGGUGGAAGUAUUAGGUACCCAACAGACCAAGUCAGGUCUAAUGGGGUUCGUGACACUAACGUUUACAACGGGAACAAUCAUGCUGCCAAUGGCAAUGGAGCCGCUGGGAGCCGUUAGAUAUUUAGUGGUGAUUGUAGGUAAAUUGUAUUAGUAUCAUCAUAUAUCAUCAUAUAAUAAUGUCAAUGUCAUACUGUAAUGUAAAUGCAAUUUUUCUUAUUUGAAUUGAAGCAUGUACGUGAUGUUAAUUAAAAAAAGAAAGAUGCGUAUGGAAUAUGCCAAUUUGGAGUGGAUGCCACUAGUUUUAGUCCAUAAGACUUAAUAAAUUAAUAAUUAGCCAAGGUUAA